AUGGCUACAAACGACACGGAUGAUGUGUCCAACAUCUCUGUCAUUUCAGUAGGUGUGUUUAGUGGAUCAGACAGUAAAUUAGCGGACACUUCACUAUUUGCUGUCACUCAUAUUCUUUCAAAUUUAGUUAUCGGUGGACUUGGAACUCUAGUUAUCAGCCUCUUUGGAGUUAUCAGCAAUGUCAUCAACUGUCUCGUCUUCUACCACCAGGGUCUGCGAGAUCGCAUGAACCUUUGUCUCUUUUCUCUGGCUCUCUCAGACUUCUGGUUUGUUCUGUGUUCUGCUGUAUACAGCCUUGUCAAGGUCUUUUCCAUACUUUAUCUCAAAGGGUUCGCAGAAGAGGUGAAAUUAUACACGAUUAAUUAUGGUAUAGGAGUUAUUUACGCGUUUAGAACCACUUCCGGUCUGUACCUUAUGGUCAUUGCCGUAGAGCGUUGCGUGUGCGUUGCAUUUCCGUUUCAAGCAUCGUCACUCAUCAAGACGAGAACGAUGGCGAUGUUUCUCUCGAUUAUCGCUUUAAUAUCUCAUCUUGGCUUUAUAGGUCAGUCACUCAAAUACAAAGUGAUCGAAACAGAAGUUGGUGGUUGGCAAAUUGUUCCUUCAUCACUAUGGCUCAAGAACAGGAUUGUCAUCGAUACCAUUGUAUACGUCAUCUUCACCAUCAGUGUUCCUCUCAUCACUUUCCUCACCGUGUCGCUAGCGACAUUCAUCACUGUGAUCAAGCUGACAUCCGCUAUGGCCUGGCGACGAAAGACGAGUUCUACAAGUACAGAUCAAGACGACCGACAGACGGCGCUGACAAAGAUGCUUGUGUUGGCUUCGUGCGUCUACAUCUUGUCCAUGAUGCCGAUGGUCCUGAUCAAAGCCGUCCGUUUGUUUGUGGAGGAGUUCUCGUCGUACGGAGUGUAUGCUUCUCUUUAUGGGGUUUGUAAUGCAGUGGCAGAUAUAUCCCCAGUCAUAAACAGUUCUGUCUACGUCUUCAUUUAUUACAACCGUUCCGCGCGUUACAGACACGAGCUGAGUGCUGCAUGUAUAUAUACAAAAAAGCAUAGUAUGAAAACUUCGUCACUGUCUAACAACACUUAAUAUCAUGUAUGAUUUUUUUCUAAGUUUGGUCUGGCUGAAACUUUUAGAUACAACAAAUUGGGGGCAUUUUUAAUUGACAUCUUUAGCGAAAAAGCCCGUUCCUCCCCCAUACUCCUGAUACAAAAUAAUUGGAAAGUACGGCAAUUGAUUGGGUUUGCAUUUACGCGUCGUUCGGAU